AUGGAAAUAGUUUCCAACAAAGUCAUUGUGACACAGAAACCCAGCUGGUCUCAGAUCUUCAGAGGAGAGACGAUCACUCUGACAUGUGAGGUUCAGGGAGGAGAAGGAGUUAAGUGGGAGUAUGAAUGGAGAACUCCUCAGUCACAGACAUUCAGGAGAUACUAUAAAGACUGGACUAUCACAGCUUCCAUCAGUGGAGAAUACAGCUGUAAGAGCAGAUCCAGAGAUGAUUCACAUUCUUCAACAAACUGGAGUGAAGCUCUAAGAUUAUCUGUUUCUGACAAACCCAAAGCCAGACUGACAGCAGGAACAACAACUGUGUCAGUGGGAGACAAAGUGACACUGAUCUGCUCUGUAGAUGAAUCUGAUGGUUGGAAAUAUGAGUGGUUCAGAAGAACCUCACACACCACUACAUACAGAAUCAAUGAUGGAGAAAAUGGAAAAAUCAGAGUCUCACAAGGAGGAAUCUACAGCUGCAGAGGAUUUAGAAGACGAACAGCCUUCUACUCUGAUACAAGCGAUGAACUCAACAUUUACGGAACCUUUCCCAGCAAAGUCAGAGUGACGAAGAAACCCAGCUGGUCUCAGAUGUUCAGAGGAGAGACGAUCACUCUGACAUGUGAGUUAUUCGAGACAAUAAAUUUGCAUUAUUCAAACUCAACAGCACAUAAACCAGAGGCCAUAUUGGAGAGCACGAAGUCUCCAGUAGAGGACAGAGUGAUCCUCAGUUGUUCAUUGAAGUCUUCAUCAUCUGGUUGGAGAUUUUCCUGGUUCAGAGGAGAGAAAUCCUCCAAACUGCUGACCAAACAAGAUGCUGAUUUCCUUUCAAAUGAACAAAUCAGAGUCUCACAGGAAGGAGUUUACAGAUGCAGAGGAGGAAGAGGAGAACCAGUUUAUCUCUCAGAGUUCAGUGAUCCAGUCACCAUCGGUGAACCUGGACCGGUCCUGAGAGUGUCUCCUCGGUGGUUGAGUCCUGGAUCCUCAGUGACUCUGAGCUGUGAGGUUGAACAUGAGUCUGCAGGAUGGAGCUUCUACUGGUAUAAAGCUGUUCCUGAUCUAUCACACAAGUCUGGCUCUUACAGCUAUGAGCUGCUGCCUGCUAGCUCCAAUGGGACUGCAGACAACUCCUACAUCAUUCAUGGACAGACACACACAGCAGGAUAUGUGUGCAGAGCUGGAAGAGGAGAGCCACACGUCUACACUCUUUACAGUCAACCUCACUUUGUCUGGUCUGGAGAUCUUCAUCCAUCAGCGUCUCUCUCAGUGAGUCCUGACAGAGUCCAACACUUCACCUCUGACUCUGUCUCUCUGACCUGUGAGGGAAACUCUGCUGAGUGGAGAGUCGGCAGCUUUCUGCUUCCUGACUUGCUGUCAUUCUGUUCUGACUGGGGAACAAUGAAUGGAUCAACAUGUCAUGUUCAGAAGAUCCAGUCCAGUAAUGCAGUGUUCUGGUGUGAGUCUGGAUCAGCAUUCAGCAACGCAGUCAACAUCACUGGACACGAUGAUGAUCUGAUCCUGCUGAGUCCUGUCCAUCCUGUGACUGAGGGACAUUCUGUUACUCUUGGCUGCAAGUGGAGGACAGAAAAUCUUCUUUCUAAAGUGUUUUUCUAUCAGAAUGACACAUUAAUCCAAAGUGAGAGCAGAGUGGAGAUGAUCAUCCCUGCAGUGUCAAAGUCACAUGAAGGCUUCUACAAGUGUCAAUCCUCAGGAAAAGAAUCUCCACAGAGCUGGUUAGCAGUCAAAUCAGCAUCCAGACCUGACAGCUCUUCACUUCCUGUUCUGUUGAUUGUUGGACCAGUUUGUGUCUUUUUACUGAUGAUUUUUCCACUGAUGUUUUAUUUGUACAAAAAGUCAAAAGAUUCAAGUUCC